AUAUGCAAGAACAACAACACCACAUGCAUCACUCAAACCCUUAACAUGGCUGAGACCAUCACUACCUUCACACUUCUCAAACCCUCCAUUCAAACACCAAAUCCACUCUUCUCUUCAUUCUCAAAAUCACUCAGGCAAUGCUCGAGUGCUUCGAGAGUUAGCGUAGGCCGGCAUCAGAUUGAGGAUGGGAAAAGCAGACGGGCAUCAAGAGUUGUGAAGGUGAAGGCAUUACCUGACUGGCCAUUGAUGGCAGUGAUGGUGGAACACAUGGAAGGACAAAGAGACCUCAUCACGCACAAAUCAAUUUGGCACCUCAGUGAUCAGGCCAUGAAGAAUGUUUACACAUUUUACAUCAUGUUCACCUGCUGGGGAUGUUGUUUCUUUGGUUCCACAAAGGAUCCAUACUAUGAUUCAGAAGCAUAUAGAAAGGAUGGAGGAGAUGGCACUGGACAUUGGGUCUACGAAAAGCAAGAAGACAUAGAAGAAUCAGCAAGGGCAGAACUGUUGAGGGAGGAGCUGAUUGAAGAGAUUGAGCAAAAGGUUGGGGGGCUGAGAGAGUUGGAGGAAGCUGGCAAGAAAGAAGAGAUUCUUAAAUGAUUUCUCCGUCGUCUUAUAUAUACUUAUGCUGUAGGAUUAGGUUUAUGUCAGUUUUGGGUGAUUUAUUGCCUUUAAGAUUGUAAAGAGCUCAAAUUUGUAAGAAAUUAAUUCCACCCCGUUUGAUGAAAACACACUAUGGCCACAAUUCCUACAGCUGAUUGGGUCGGAUAUGUUGUUAAAAGAUAAAAAGGUGAUUAAAUGCAUUACUGUAAAAAAAGGAUAUUUUUAUA